AGUUAGCUUUAGCAAACGCUUCGGUGGCGCUGUGAGUCCGUUCAUCAACAGGUUGGUGUUUGAGUGAAUGCACAGAAGAUAGCUUUGAAAACACACAUACUCACCCGGAUAGCAGUGCCAUAUCGUCGCGGAGGUCCCUCCUAUUGGACACGAAAGUAUGGUUCUUUGUAGAUUAGCAGUAGCUUUCGUCUUGUGUUUGAUUUUACAGCCUGCUAAUUAGCAUUAAGUUAGCGGGGUCACGUUUGUGUCUUUCUGGCGUUUCCAAACGAAGCAAACACAGAAGUAAUUGAAACGACACGAGUUGUGUUCACCAACGUGGCUGUUUUGUUUACGUGACUCUGUUUGGCUGUGCUGACGGUACAAAGUCAGUUUGAAUGUGGCGGUUUGCAUCAUUUGUGAAGUGACGACGUGGGAGGCGCAGCACCGAGCCAACUGAAGCUAACCUUAAUGUUGCUAGGCAACACGUGAUUUCGAUAUCUGAAUGGGUAUUGGCGUUAAACUGAACUAAAAUAAAGUUACGUCUUUUUAAAGUGAUCACAACAGACGAUGAAAACCUGCGUCGAAAUAAAUCAUUUGAUAUAACGCCAAUAACGUGGAUUAUCCGGUCCCCACGUUAGCGUGCCGCUCGUACAGUCAGUUUCCAUGGUUACAAGCCACAAGAUAAAAACGCUUGCUCAACUACAGGUAUAUUUACAAAGCCUCGGCAAACUGGGAGUUUCUCUGAAGCAUUAUUUCUUCGCUUUAGUGUUACAAUGACAUGGAAACAUUCCUCGUCCAGCUCCGGUUCCAGAUAACCUUGUGGAGGACGUCCUGUUGUGAGGUACGGUCAAGUAAAUGUGGGUACAUGGAGCUUAGUUAGCCUUCACUAGCAUGAUAGCUCUGUUAAACCGUCUAAUAAGGUAACGUUGAAGCUAGCCAGCUACUCAACGCAUCUCUCGCUUUAUUUCCUUGCGUUACUGUAUGUGACCUCACCACAUUUAACACUAACAUGACAUUAAGUGUGAUACAGAGUCAGAUAUUUAUUUUGAGCAACGCUGCAGGGUAGUCUGCACGGUUUUAUAGGCUCCUAAUCCGCUUUGAACGUCUUAUUUAUAGGGAUGGAAGAGCCGCCUGCUGUGAUCCUCCAACGCCAGACGACUGUCAGGUAGUGACGGUGCACAAGCAGUGCUGAGCUGCCGUUUACAAUGAAGAAGAUAUUCAGCUUUACAAAGAAAAAGAAACACCCGUCCGGUACCCCUGACAAUGGGAGUGUGCUUUCUGUUGGCUAUGAACUCAAAGACAAGGACCUUGGCAAGGUUCACAAGGCUGCCUCAGUGGGGGAUGUUGCCAAGUUGAAGCAGCUGUCUAAAAAGAAUGAUAUCAAUCAACUUGACAAGGAGAACAGGUAUGUCUGAUCAAAGCACCAGUUUUCUCAUUUUUUUGAAGUGUUUGUCUUUGCUGUUUUCACUUUUCUCUUCACAUAUAAUCAGCAAUAGUCUACUAUAUGUUGUGAUUGCUUGACUUAACCACUAAUGCCUUGUUACCUUUAACCCAUUUUGCUUUUUACCCACAAAACAGUUUUUUCAUUAGCAUAUAUACAAGUCUUUUCAAAACAAAAAUAAUGUACCUUCAGCGACAGUUUGAAAGAGGUCAAAUUGUACCCUUGUGCUGGGUUGUGGUAAAAUGAUGUCUGGCAUUUAGACUUUCAACAGCACAAUACCUGCUGUUUAAAAUGUAAAUGACACCUCUGUGUUUCUUCUCCUUAUGUUUCAAAGCAGGAUCAAGUUACUUAUACAAUUGGCAUGUGUCAGAAGUAACUGAGUAGUGUCAGUGACGUACUUAAAACAUUUGCACAAAUGCUUGGAAUAGGAAAAAAAAACUAAUCAGCGACUUGCCAGAGUUUUGUAAGAUUUGUAAGUUAUGUCAACCACUACUUGCCAAACCAUUUAAAAUAAUAAUAAAAAGAAUAACUACAAACGCAGACAUGCAUUUGUAAGGGCCAUCAACACUUUGUAGCAAGAACCACUCAGCAGUUCAUUUCUGCAAGGGUACUCUCUCUAGCCAAUGUAAAUAGAUUUACAAUCUACUAUAUCAUUAAAAUUAGGUGUACUUGUUAAAUCCUCUAAAUAAAGGUCACUGGUUAUGACUUGUUGGCAACUAACGAUUAUAUCAUUAUUUAUUAUAUGAUUGUCUUAGAUGAUUAAGAUGAUAAUGAUAUCAAUAAUUGUAAUUUUUAUGAUUGAGAAUUAUUGUUUUAAUCUGCAAAAUUAAAAAAAAGAAAUAACACCCUAUACAAAUCUGAACAAGCCACAAACUCUACAAGGUGUUCAUUUGUGCUACAGGUGGACCAAAACUUAAAGACUUUUUGAUCUACAUUCAUAAAAGAUAACAAAAGUAAUACAUUUUCCAGUUCAAAGAAACGGAACAAGACAAUGUUUGACGUUUUUUCUGGAAAAAUGACUGAAAAAUGUAUUUAACCAUUAAAAUACCUUAUUUCUUUUAGUUGAUUAAUCAUAUUACAUCUGCAGCUGUAAUAGAUGAUUUCAAGAUGAGCCUUUGCAUGGAGGAGCCAUGAAAAUAUCAUUGUUAGAUGGUAUGAUAGGCCCCGCAUUAAAUACAACUUUGGACACAACAAAAAAGUCGUUUAAAUAAAUGAACUUGGAAGGUAAUUCUGAGGUUUAUAUUUUCUCAAUAAAAGCUCAUAACUGUCAGUUGAAAUGUUCAAGUAAGAUCAUUAAUGCUUUCUCAUGAGAGACUGUCUUUUGCUGUUUUAGGACGGCUCUUCAUAUUGCCUGCGCUGGUGGACAUGUUGAAGUGGUGCAGUUCCUUGUUGAAAGCAAAGCCAAGCUUAAUCUAUGUGACAAUCAAAACAGAUCUGCCUUGAUGAAGGUAAGCCUCUACCACAAUUGUCCAACAACAGAUUAUUCUUGAUUUAAGUGAUGUUCAAUUUUUUGUGCUGAUUACUGUUUGCAACUCUCCACAUGUAUUGUAGCAAGCCUUGUUUGAACCUUUGCAUUCGUGUCUCACCACUAUUCCAGGCAGUGCAGGGCCAGCAUGAACGCUGCUUGAGCAUACUGCUGGAGAAUCAUGCUGAGCCUAAUCUGGUGGACAUCAAUGGCAAUACAGCUUUACAUCUGGCUGCAAACAUCCCAUCCAUAUCCACUGCUGUCCUGCUGCUGGAGCAUGGGGCUGACAUCAAUGCACAAAAUAAGGUGAUUGUCUUUUUUAGUAAUCUGCUACAUUUUAAUUCUUAGCCUUGGACUCACCAGGAGGACUCUUGGCUUCCAUUGAAGAGAAUUAUUGUGAAUAUUAUCUAAUUUGUGGGAAUAUCAUAGUUAAGGAAGUUGUGUUUAAUCACCUUUUGUUGUAGUGGUUUUAAAUUUGAUGUGAACAGUUGGACACUCAAAUAUCAGCUUUGAACUCUUUUUUUUCUGGGAAGUUCUUCGAUAUGUUAGCCUUCACACUUAAAAGCCAAAGCGGAUGUUCUUUAGUUAAUGAAAUAUUGCGAUAACCAUGCUGCCUAUCAACUAUGCCUAGAAUGUCUAGAAUGGGUAUUAUUAAGUAUCCUGGGUGAUCCAGGAGGUAUGCAGAUACUGUUUGUAACAGUGUAUGUGAUCCAACUCUAAGGAGGGGUUUGCUCCAUUGACUGUGGCAGUCCGUGAGGAUCAUAUUGAGAUGGCUGAGUUUAUCCUCAAGGAGGAUGCGGAUGUGAAUCUGGUUGAUCAAGAUCAAAGGUCAGUUCUAAUCGCUUGCUAUAUUUGCAGCGCAUGUCCAAUAAGCUUGAAGUGUCAGAGUUCAUUGUUUGAAGUUGGUCGUGUCGUUAUUAUGGUUCUUAUCUGCAGAUCCCCAUUAAUGAUUGCUGCUGGAAAUGGACAAAUCAAUAUGUUGCGGCUGCUGUUGCGGUUUGACGCAGAUAUCACUCUGAAAGAUACCAAAGGCUGGUCUGCUGAUGACUACGCGGGGAUGAAUGGCCAUCAUCCGUAAGCUUUACUUUUUAUUCUUCCUGUGAAGCAAUGUCACCUAUAUAUAUUUUUUUUUUCAGGCCAUGGUCCAUGGGUUAAGGCCUUUUGUACUUACUCUGUCUUCAUUCUCUUGUAGUUGUUCCCUCCUGAUCAACGAGCACAGCACUCAAAGGAACGAUAGACCCUCCCUGUCUUUUCAAGGUCCAAGCAAAAAGAAGAAAAAAACCUUAUUAGGCAGUCCCUCUCAAGAUAUUGAAGCAGGCUUUUCUCUGGGAGGACCAGCCACUGACAAAGAUGGUAAGGAUUUAUAUUCAGAGCUCAUUAAAGGGAAAACAGUAGUAUAAAGAAGUACUUGUCUAUUCAUUAUUGACUUUGAUUAUUCUAUUCAUCCCUCAUGCAUUUCCACUUGACUGGAUCUAGAGCAUGGAGCAAAUGAAGCAGGGGGAGGUAUUACUUUGCUUAGAUAAACAUUGUUUGUGAAUUUAGACAAAGAACUUGUUGAUUUUGGCAGGAAAAGCCUUUUUGUGUUGCUCAAACUGUUUCUUUGUGGGUUGUAAUUUUUCUGCUUCUAUGAUUUAGAUUCUCUUUAGAAUUUGCUGUUAAACUUUUAUGAAACAGAUACGGCAUGACGCACCUCACCCUUUCAGUUGAGGCUAAUUGCUGAAAACAAGUUCCUCUUCUUGUCUCUUGCAGAUUUUGAAGAUAAUUCUCAGUCUGAGUCACUAAGUCGGUAAGCACGGUUUUCUUUGGAAUAUCUGCCACUUAAUGUAUUUGUUGAAAUUCAAAAAGUCAAACCACUUUUUUCUCCUGCACAGGGUUUCAAAAAGUGCUGCAGAUGAAUGGCCUUCGUCAGAUGAUGAUGAUGAAUCCGUUUUUAUUGAAAAGGUUGAUGCACCAUCUUUUUGUUAUGAUGUUUGUAUCUGGUGUAAUUUUAAAAUGUUGUCCUGGUUCUCAUGAGAUAUUUUGUCAUUUAGAAACCACAGAGGGUAAACCUGAGGAAACUGAUUGCAUCAGAAAGAGGAGGAGGUACUGGAAGUCUCCUGACUUAUUAUUAGUUUCAUCCCUUAGUAUGUAGUUUUUGUCAGUAAUCUUCUCUCCCUGCUUACCUUUAGCAUCUGCACUGCCAGACCGAUCCUUGAGCAGUACAGACUCAGAGCCAGAGAGUGAAAAUAGAGUCCAGAGAAUCCCAUACCUUCCCCAGUCUGUACCAUCAAGCAAAGCUCCACAGCACCCAGUAGACCCCUCUCCUGUUCCCUUCCUUUCCAAAGUGCCCCAGAUGACUUCUACCCCUCUCCCAGGCAAUAGACAGGUAAAUUAUGUUUACUGAACUUAACUGUUUGCAUGUUUGUGACAUCUUUGCGUCCGUCUGUUUUUCAACAAGCAGCGAGUGGGGCUGAGCGGGAGAAAAGCAAUCACUCAGAGCAGCCAUCGAGUAGUAAGAGAAGAUCUAACCUUCAAGAAGCAAGCCCGGAAUCUGAAGACUCUGAGGAAGAUGAUGAUGGAGAAGAGGAGGAAGAAGAAGAGGAGGAGGAAGAGGAAGAAGAUGAUGAUGAAGACGACGAGGAGGAGGAGGAGGAGGAGGAAGAAGAAGAAGAAGAGGAGGAAGAUGAGGAUGAGGAGGAGGAGGAGAGUGAAGAAGAGGGUGAGGAAGAGGAUGAAGAAGAUGGUGAAUGUGAAGAGGAGGAGAAUGACAACUUUGUGGCCACUACCAAAGCCAGUACUAAUGAAAUUGAAGACCUACAAAAACCUUCAGUUCCCGAUGCCCUUAAGAUGAUUGACAGCGCUGACGCUCUGAACACGCCCGGUGCUGACUUUCCCUCCAGCAGUCCUGUGGCUGUAGGUGCGAAUGUCCAUGCCUUAGAGAGAGAUUCUGACGCAGAGACUGAAAAAAAUCUCAUUGUCAGCCCAGUUGGAACAAACACCUUUGCAAUACCAGCAACACUAAAUGUAGCAGAGGACUGUGUUGUGUCAGCAAUUAGAGUAGAAUCUAAAUUUUCUGAUGAAGAUGAAAGCCUCGGUAGGGAUCAUGUACUUCCAUCCGUCCAAAACAUAAAUCCCCUUAUGGACUUAACAGGAGGCCCCUCAAAAGCGGAAAAUCUUGAAAGAGAAAUGGAAAAAGAAGAUGACGACUCCUGGAUCGAUGAACAAAACAGUGGUGAGACGAUGUGGAAUGACAGCGAUGAUGAUGAGGAAAAUCAAAAAGGGGGAUUUGGUCGCAACACUGUCCUCUCCAAGCGUAUGGAAGCAAUGCCCGUUGAUGAAGGGGAAAAAGCAGAUGGUUCCACUUUUGUUGGAUCGAACAAAGAUGCUGUCAGACAAGAGAAACGCAGAUCCUCGUGGGGCUCCUCCUUGGAAGACAGUGAUGUUGACCUGCCCAGAGAUGCAGAGGUAGAAGAAGAGCUGCUUGAUCAGAAUAGUGAUGUUAAAACCUCAGAACUACAGCCAGAAGCAGGAAAACAGCAUUCAAAAUCUGUAUUACCUUGCCCAAAUGAAGACCACUCGAAUGACUCCUGGGAUUCUCCAUCGCCAGUGGAACUAUCUCCAAAAUGUGUCUCUCCUCUGACAGUGACAGAUAAACCAAAGUCCCCUUUAAGGUUAACUGCAACAAUCACUCCUCGGCCCAAAAGCAGAUCUGCCAAAACAGCCAAAGAAGAAUCAGAUUGGGAUUCUACAUCUGAAAAUAACAAGCAUGAUGAAACUGUCUUAGUUCCUGAAGGUGAUGUGCAGCCAACGGUAAACCAGACUGAGGACCAGCAGUGUGCUGAUGGUUCUAGGGAAGAUGGAGAGAAAAAGCGUACUGCCAAAGAGUUAAGAGACCCCUCCCCUGCACAAUCACCAGAACCCGAGGAAGAAAAAAUAACCAAGAACAAAAUAGUAGAGAGAGAUGAUGAUGAAGAAGAACCAGUUGGUCGCUCUUCAAGAAUGGAAGAAAAAGGAGACUCAAAGCGUGAGGAAGAUGAUGAUGAUAAUAGUUGGGAUGAUAAAGAUGAGGACAGCGAAUCAGAAAAGGAUAACAUGGAGGAGACCAAGAAUGAUGGCUCAGCAGAUUGUGGGAAUGCCUUGGAGAUUUGUCCUACCAGCCAGUCAAAUUUGCCGUCACCAAAGUCGAGGCCUUCAAGUGCAACCAACAUAAAGCUAGAGGAGGAACAAGUAGGUGAUGAACGUGAGGAAGAUGAGGGUCCUCAGCCUGUUUCUGAUGGAGAUGAUGAAAAUUCAGCAGCUCAUAGGGAGAGAGUUCUGGAUACUAAAAGAGACAUUGCCAGCAAAGACAAUGAAACAAGUGAGGAUUCUGAUAGCGUGGACAGAAAUCUGCAGUACAAUUUUGCCAGCGCAACAGUCAAAGUGUCUGAUGAAGAGCGCCUGUGUAAAGGCAGCAAGUCAGACGAUAAACAGGGGCCUAAACUGACUGCAUACGUCCCACCAGGAUGUGAAAGUGCCAUUGUACCCCAGGAAGGAGUGUUGCUUGAUGACCCCGGUACGCACUCUGUAAAGGAGAAGAGCACCAAGGAUGAUGUCACUGCUGCUCGACUCCCUGCUCUAGACAGGAGCGUGAUAUCGAAUGAAGAUUUGCACCAGAGUGACCUCGAUGAUGAUGUUGAUGUAAAGUCAGCUGAUUUAGAUAGGGUUGAAGAGCGGACCAAUCAGGUAAAAAAGAGGUUUAGAUAUUUUGUUUUUAUGUAGCAUAGCAGGUUCCAGGAUUUAAUGGGCCUCUGUAAGGCCUCCCUUUGAUUCCUUUUCUUGUACAUUCAUUCAUAAGUCCCUGAGGACAUCCUAAUGGUAGAAAUAGGUUUUAAAGUACAUCACUUUGUGUGAAGAUGUAUCUCUUUCUUUUUUUUUCCUACGCAGCAAGAAGAGUACACUGACGAUGAGGAUGAGGAUGCGAAUGAAGAGGAGGAGGAAGAAGAGGAUAUAUCGGAUGAAAACAAUCUGCCUGAAGCGAGUGGAGGGUCCCUUGAAGCCACAUUGCCUGUGCCUGAAACAGAAAGUUCUCAAGAUAAGAAAAGAGGUACUGUAAAGAGGAAAUCUGAGAAACAUGCUGUUGAACCAAAGUUAUUCACCAUACUUUUUUUCUUUCAAAACUGCCAAGUCUGCCGUCUCAAACAACUCUGGGAAAAAUUAUAGCUCUUAUUUGGUUGAGCUAAAAGGUGCAAUGUCUUUAUUACUUUAGCUUUGAAACUGUUUAUAUUGAUGUCUGAAUAACUUUGUAUGCUCCUGAAAGUUCGUCUGUGAUUUCAUCUCUAAAACUAAUUGAAGCUUCAGGGAGCAUCCCCAGCAUCACUCCCCCUGGACACCUUCUUGUGAACGUAAUUCCAAGUACUCACAUUCUGCGGCUGAAGUGGGAAGUUUAACAAGAUAAUAAGAUUUGUGACUCAUCCGGAUAAAUAAGGUGUCGCGGCAUGAGGCUUUUUAAAGUUGUUUGAUUCAACAAGGAGCUAAGACGCUGGCAGUUAUUUUUGAUUUUGAAUGAGGAUUUUUUUUUUGAUAAUUAUUUUUUUGAAUUAUACAGAAUUUAGUCAGUGUGUUGUAGUUGUACUUGUUUUAGCAAUAGUUCGAGACAGAUUUUACACUUGUCCUAAAGCAUCAUACCAAAUGCUCCCUAUCCUCAAUGAGUCCUUUGUGUCAGUACAAUAAAAUUGCAAUGGUAGUCCCUGAAAAAAAUAUAAAUAUGUGAAAACAGCCAUAGAUAGCACCAGACAUCAUGAAUUAAUAAAGAUUUAAGAAACACAACACUUAAAACAACAACAUAAAGGAUAUGGUGGGAAUUAACUAAUGUGCAAAUAGGUGUUAAACUGCUGCAACACGUAUCUGUGUUCUUAUGAUAACAGAUGUAACCAGUCAAGUAAUAAAGAGUACAGGUUAACGUGAGAUUUUUACACCUUUCUUUACUAGAAAAAUGCAGGUAACCAAAAGUAUUCUCUGGCAACAAUCUUCAGGGUGCUUGCUUGUGUUGCAUUAGGCUGGCAUAGUGUAAUCCAUGCCUGUCCAAGAUAAAUUUGCAACAUGCUGCAGCUACCACUACUUUUCACAGGGUUCCUACAUAGUUUUCAUACUUUUCCAUACCCUACUUUAUGGAAUUAUUUUUGGAAAUACCUACUUUUCUGUUUUUAGAAAACAGUAUUUUACAACUGUGGUAAUAGUCUGGAAACAUAGAUACUUUUCCAUACUUUAUUUUUCAUUUACCAUACUUUUUAAGACCUGGAAAUUGAUCAAACUACUUCCAUACUUUCCAUACUUGUGUAGGAACCCUGUUUUCAGUUACUUUCAUUUCAUAAAUCUCCAUCUGUUUGAAUAGAUUUCCUGUCAGAGCUGGGUCUGGAGAAGGGGGAGGAAGAGCAGGAUUCCUGGGACUCUGAGGUAUAGUAAAGGCACUUUGAGGUCCUCAAAAUGGGGCUUCUUCCUUGCAUGAGGAUCCUAAGAAGUUUUUGUCUUUCAGUCGCACUCUGAAGGCCGUCAAAUGCCACAUCAAGAAAAACAAAGGCUGCACUCUCAGGAACAAGAAGAGACAUCUGCUGUCAAGGAAGAAAGUAAAGAAAGUAGGUCUAUUUAUCUCUUGCUUUUAUUUAUCUCUUGAAUCAUUCCAUGCACCAUUUCAUGCUGCAGAAUAAGUUUGCCUUUAGUUUUCACUGCCACAUAAUUGAACUCAGGUGCAAUAACACGUGCAUAAAUGCAGUCUGAGUAAUUUUCAAAUAUUCUUUUGUUAGCUUGAACAUUUUGAAAAAUAUUGAUAUUCAAUAUCACUUCAUCAAUAAGAAGUCCUUCCAACAGUUUAUUACAUUUCUCUUGUAGACUUGUUUUAUGUACCCUCUUUUUUAAGAGGGGAAGGACACAAUAAGAUGGCAGAGCUAGAACAUCGACGGAGUGUAGGCAGGCCAAGAAGCAGCCAGGGAGAGGGUAUGAAUGUCUUAACUCGUAGGUUUAAUGAAUGGCAUGCUAACCCAUCAGAGACUUGACCAUCAGACCAUUAGAGAGAGUGCAUGUAUCAGAAACUCCCGCUCCAUCCUGCCUGUCACCCCUUCACUGCAUUUGUCCCAAAUUUGAGACUUUAAAAGCUUCGGGUGCCUAGCUUGCUUGAUUUCAACAGAAUUUGACUCAGAUGAUGUCAAUAGGCGACCACAGCACUCCUAAGGGUUCUUGGUUGAUGCUUAACCACAGAAGGGAAUUGAAGAGCUUGCCUCAUGCCUCACCCUGCAUCUUUGUGCAAAUUAACCACUGGCUUAUUUGCGUGGGAAUGCAUUAAGCAAAGUUCGGGCAGUGCUGUCAAAUAUGGUCCGAAUUUUAUGUUGUGUUUUUUAUUGUAAUUUGUGCUCCUGAGUCAUGACAAACAAAUAUUAUCUCAUGUAGCUGCGAGCAACAGCAGUGAGGACAAAGAGGAACAAGCUGAGAAGGAUGACGCUGUACAUAAAGAGGUAAGCUCAACAACCAAAUGCAGUAACGCAAACAUUUUACUCAUUUGAACUGAAAAAAAAAAAUGUUUUUUCAUUUCCCUCAGACUGAGAAAACAAAAUGGGAACCACUUACUGUUCUGAGCAAACUUCACGGUGAUAAAGAGCAUACUGCAGGUACAUUGACCACACUGGGAUGUCAUUGAUUCUGUUUGUCAAAAAUGAAGCCGAUUUGUGAGGAAGAACUGUUUGUUUUUAACUUUGCUUCUCUUUGACAGACCUCAUGGAGGAGCUUGGUCUGGGUGAUGUGGAUGAUCUUGAAGGUUAGAUGAAUCAUUCUCCUCUUUUGUUAAUCUUAUCAAGCCUUUUGUGUUCUGCUUCACUUUUAAAUACUGAAAAGUAACCUUCUUUUUCAAAGCAUUUAAUAAAAGUCAUAUUUAAUCACGUGACACUGACUUUAGAAAACCUUUAUAUUUUUCUGUCAUCUGCAUUUUGAAGCUCACAAAGCAGGUCAGUAAAUGUAGAACAGCUGGUUAGACAAGGUGAACUCCAAACAUGUAGCUGUAGUUUUUUAUCCUUCAGUGUGUGAGGAUGUAGUGACUAUCCCACAGUGAACCAACACACAACUCUCAAUAUUUAGUUACUGACCUUCAGCCAAUUGUCCUUAUGACACAGAUGCAUCAGACUGGGACUCGGCCAGUACCGCCAGUAAGAGAACCAUACCUGGCCGAAGAAUUGCCUCCCCUGGACUUGAGGAGUUUCCAGAAGGUUCUAAUCUGCCAGUUAAAGAGGAGGAUAAGGAUGAGGAGGAUGAGGAUGUGGCUCCAGCAGCACCCCAGACUCCACAGAGAAGCUUUAACGCCAACAAGAGACUGCCAGACACCCCCCCUCAAUCAGUGCAACACCCCCAACCCCGAGCAAGGAAGUUCACGCUCCAGAAACCAGAGAGUGAAGAAGGUCAGACCCUUCUCCAGUCUUUAUUUUUCAUAUUUCUGUACUAUGUAAAUACAGAUCAUAUUCAUAACAUGUUUUCUCUUUCUUAUGACUUUUCAGAGUCAGUUUGGGAGGCAGACAAUUUGGCAUGUUCUCCCGGUACAACUGAAGUUGACAAUCAGCCGCAAAAAGUGGCUGAGCUUCAGGCUGUGGUUACACAAAGUAAGGCUCAUUUGUCUUUUUCAGGGAUGUCUAUAGACAUUUCUGUGCUCAGGCUCUGUUUUCUAAAUUAACCUUUUUUUCUGCUUAGGUUCCCCUGAGCUCUCACCAGUGGCCAGAAACAGAGGGAGUAAUAAAGAGUCUGACAAGCAGCAAGAAAAGGUAAGAAUAAACAAGAGAAUACUGCCUUAAACCUUUUUUUUAAUGUUUUUUUCCUGACAUGACAUCACCCUUUAUGCUAGAAACAGAAGAUUUAAAGUCCAGAGGUUAAUUUUUUAAAACAAGCUACCAAACAUUAACCAUAUGAUCUGCUUUUAUAACAAUACUUACCAAAGCCAUGAAUUAAAAAAGAGAUGGACUUGAGGCAUCAGCAGACGUAGUAGUUUAAAUGUACAACACAAAUACAGAGGCCCUGGUUCUCAGGGCAGCAGUCAAGGGUUUAACUCCCAGCCAGGAGACAAAAGAGAUUCCUAGGAGAAGCGCUGAUGUAUCUUUUCACAAUUGCAUGCAGAAAGCUUUAAAGAACAGAGGUAUGACAGGCAACAUUUCAUUUUCAUGUUUUUUUUUUAUUUAUUUUUUAUUUUUUUUUAGAUUUAGAUUUACAGGAUUAAUGUCAUCAGAAAAUUAUAUCACAGGAAUGAAGUUGUACUAUAGUCAUGAUACAAAUAUCAUGUAACGUUAUCUUGCGUGAAUUAAGUCAUAUUGCUGUAAGCAUAAGGUCGUAGUAGAGGCAUAUUUCAUGGAAAAAGUUGGAAGAAAGUGACCAUAUUAAGAGAAAAUAAAUUGCAAAAUAAAGUCCAAAAAAGUUAUCAUUUUUGUGAAUAAAGUCAUAAGAAAAUCAUCAAUAAUAAAUACAAAAAUGAAGUCUGGAGAGAGUAAUUUAUAGCACAAGAAUAAAGAUGAAAGACAGUAAUUUUAUCUAAUUAAAACCAUAGGAAACUCAUUAUUUUAGGAAGACAAAGUCAUAAAAGUGUAAUAAUAUCACAACGGUAUAGUUGUCUAAAAGUCAUAUUACAAGAAUUUAUAGGCUGUGGAAAGAGCAGAGAGCGCUGCCUGAACCAGGAUGAUAGUUUGAUUACUUUUUGUCUUCUUGUACCACAAUGACUUCAAUCUUCCUUUUUGUCCUCUUUGUGGCCUUUAUUCUCUGUCGUACAGGGGGACAAUAGAAUAUCAAGAUCCACAAAACACGCGUUUUAGUAUUUUAUCUCCUACUCCUGUCAAUUAAAAAAAAGAGAAUCAUUAUUAGUUUCAUUUGUUCAGUAUUAAAAUAUCUUCCAACACUCUGCUAUAGAAGCUCUCGGAAAGAUCAUCAGCUUGUUAGGUCUCCACUUUUCCAGAUUUCAAGAGUUUGUUGUUUGUCAAACAAGCAAGUGAAAACUUUCCCCCUUAUCGUUCUUUUCUAUAAUCAAGUAACUGAGUAGGUCCAAAUUAUUGUAAGGUGGCAAUGAAAUGGCAGUGUUGACUGUUUUGUUUCCUAUUGAAAGUCCAAAAUUGUUUUUUUGCAUUGUCUUGUCUGUCUUGUGUUUUCCUUGUCCAUUCAUGCCAUCAAAGGAGAAAGAUGAUUCAGUAGAUGCAUGUCAGUUAGAUCUAGACAACCCCUGUGCAACUGGUCACAUGAGCCCUGAGAGCGGAGAGAGGGAAAGCAACUGUAGAGAUGAAUGCCGACCUGAAGAAGGAGAUGACGCCAACAAUGUGGUCCUUUGGGAAAAACGUUACGAGAAACUCUGGGUGGAAGUGGAGAAAAGAGAAGCGAAAUCCUCUUUCAAGAAUGUAGCCUGUGAAUUAAAAGAGAAGUUUGGGGAACUGCUUAAAUCAAGAUCUCAAGCAGAGGAUAUAGCUGAAAAUGAAGAGGGGAUGGCUGAAUCUUCCUCAAGUGAUGAAGAAGAGGGAGAAAUCAUUGUGCGCCCCACUGCCAGAGCAAGAAGUACUGUUCUCCUCACCAUACCGGAGCAGAGGGAGUCUGGACUGGAGGACUCUGUGACAGAAUCUACUGACCGGUCAGCGUGCGAGGACAGGAAGGAGGACAGGUGUGAGCGUCCAGCCAGUGAGAGCAGCGUGUGUCAGCAAGAUCUGCUCACUGAUGAUGCUCGAGAGGAAUGCAGGUCUCCUUCCCCACAGCUCACCACAACACUAAGAAGCUGUUUGGAUGAUGCCACUGAAGCUGUUACCGGUGGUCACAACAUAGCCACAUCUAAUGUUGACCGUAAUACAUUCAGAAAAGAUGAGGCCAAACAUGGGCAGAUCCAGAAACCGCAUCUCAACCAUAUCUAUAAAGACUCCAGUGCUAAUCAUGACCAAGCUGAGAAGAAUGAUACAAGUCCAGAGGAGGAUCCAGAGGAAUUCCCAGAGUCUCGAACAUCUUCAGUAUGCAGGCACUCAGCAUCAAUGCCAGGCAUUUCUGAUGAGGAGCUGGAGGAGGACAUGGAAAGAUUUAAACUUGAGGUAGGGAUGCUGAAGGUAGUCUUCCUGGAUUUGGAGAAAGAAAAGACCCAACUCCAGAAAGAGGUAGAGGAUGGCCGCCCCACAGUCUCUUCUAGAUCACAUCACUUUCUCUUCACUUUUUCCAUAUGCAGUGAAUUUCAUUUCCCUUCAUCAUUUGUUUUUAAAACAGGCCGCCCAAAAUGGCCUCCCAUCAUGACUUCAUCUUAUGUCUUUCUCAUGCCCUAUGAUUCUCUCCCAUGUUUUCUGAUUCAUUUUCUAUAGAUUUGAUUUUAAAUAGAGGAGUUGUUCUUGCAUGUUUUAGUGUGGUUUAACAAACUGUGAAGAUCUGUAGAACUGAGCUACCAUUGGUUCAAGGACAGUUGCUCUGCACUAAAGGAACCUGGGUGCUGACUUGCAGCGACAAAUAACUGUGUUGUGUAUUUAGUUGUGACUUUGCCUGGUUGGUGCAUGGACUUUGCAUGAGCUUUUAUGUUAAAUAGUUUUUUUAAUGAAGGUAAAUUCUCCCUGUAGGUGUUGUGGUGUGACUGGUGUGUGUAAUAAUAGCCUUCUUUUAUUUGUAAAGAAGUGCUGUUGUCGUAAUGUUGCAUUUGCUACUUGAGUUUUCUUUAAACAUGCAGGUAUAUCUUAAAAACUGAUUGAUUUUUCGGCCAGCCUUUUGAGUGUUUGAAGGUUUCUGUCAGAAGAAAGCACUGAAAAAACUUUUAGUUUCUUUUACCUUUGGCACACAACAAAAGAGUGAAUUGGAAAUGUUAAAACUAUACAACAUUAAGUAAAACUUAAAGGAAGGGCUUUUAAAGACAGGAACACGAGUGUUAAGAUCAUCCAGAGUAAGUAAAGAAGAUUUUAGAGGAUCUCUCCAAGAUCAGCAGCACUUUUUGUUCUUGGGCACUCACCAUUGACACGAUCAAAAUUAAUAAUGCAUUGAGAUUUUUCACACUUUUUCCACAACAAACACUGCAGUACCCUAUAAUGAACUUUAAAAAUACCACAUCAAAUAGAGUAACCACACUAAGGUGUUAGGUCUCCGGUGGGAGGGGUGAUACUAAAUUAUGUAUGACAAAGUGUACAAGUCUCUGCUCCAACAUGCAUCUUAAAUGGCUGGCCCAAAAGUGUUUCAGAUAGGAAUGAUCACUCGCACACUUUUUUCAAAUAAUUAACCCUCUCUUUUCAGGGCCCCAAGGAGACAUUUAAGACCGCAGCGAAGAUGCAAAAAUCCAGUGCUUCUUGGGAUACUGCUGGAGCAUCAGUGGAAGAAGUGAGUACUAAGAAACCUGAGAGCAGGUUGGGAUCCCUGUCAAGUCAGGCUGGAGCGAUUCCUCAGGAACAGCAGCCUGAUGCCACGAAGAGGUACGCAUAGUUUGCUUUUAUACAUUUUCACAACCACCCAUCAUUCUCAUCAGUGAAUUUUGACUUGCUCGUACAACUUCAGAGAAACCCAUCCCCAUUGGUUUCCCUAAAUUCUGAGGGUAGUUAAUCUCUCGCUUUGGUUUUUAUGCAUGAAGGUCCCCUGAAUCAGGUUAAAAUAACACAAAAAGACCUGCCUUUUUUCAUAGAUUUAAUUUGAUGGAAGUUAUCAACAUGUCCAGGGGGUCCAAAAUAUAGAUGUCACCACUCAUUGACUAUUAGGUUUAUUGCUCUCCAUAGCGCCAAGGAGGCACCAGUGCAAUUGCACCUCCCACCCCAGCAGACCUACAGUAGCAACAAACAGGAGGGGGAAGCUGUAGAGAAGACCUUACAGCAGGAGCUGGUCAGAGGGGCCCGGCACAGCAGAGCCCCUCAGACCAACGCCCAUGUUAAUGGAGAUGCUCUCUCAGUGUUUGACGAUAGCACUUUAAGUGAAGUGUCGGACGAUGAAGGAAGGUAUAUAUGCAGUAUGCCUCUUUCUUUCUAACUCUCUGUCACUAACCUUCAGGUGUGUUUAGACUGAAUGCUAAGAGAAUUGGGUCAUAGUUAUGUUUUUGUGGACAGGAGACUGUUGAUGUGAAUUUUCACAGAUCACCUUUGGGGAGGGUGAGUGAGGGUCUUUGUUCAAUAAAAUAUGUAUCAAAGUGGAGUAACGACAUUAUGUACGUCAUGUAAUAAGUUGUAGAGACAGUAAAUAGAAGAAAAACAAAAGUGUAAUAAGCUGAUUAAGAUAAGAUAAUAUUAUUGUGUGUUUCUGGGGGGCGAUAUUGAACUAGAUCUGAUGGCUCUAACACUCACGGGGUCAAAUUUGCUUGAUUGAAUCAAUCUUGAAAUUCACUUUGCAUUCAGUCUAUACAAACCUUUACUGUAUUGGUGGUGGGUUAUGAUUAGGAUUCAGUUUUACUUUAUCUAAAUUCCUAUUGUCUAACUACCUAACUAGCCUCUGAUUUUUUUCCAAAACUAGAGUAGUAUACUGCAUUAUACCAUUAUAUUUAGAGAAACUGUCCAGUGCAGCUGUAAUGAUCUCUAAAUAUACUCGAGUUUGUAAAAAAGAAAAAAAAAUCACUGUUAUUCUUCCCUCUGUUUGCUGAAUUUAGGUUGUUGACUGGUGGAAAACAGAAAAAUGAGGUAAGCCAAUAAGUAAUCAGAGUUUGUGUAAACAAAACAGGAUGAGAAACUGUGAUUGAAAGGCUGCAUGUUGUUUCCAUAUACAGAAUCCUGAAGAAGUGGAAAUGGCUGAAGAUUUUGAUGAGCUCACUCAGUCAUCAGACACAGAUACGAACUACAGUGACUCUCCCACUUCAGGCUACAGACACGCAUCACUCAUGGUUCAGAAGCUGGCAUCUUUGGGUAUUGUUUCAGCUGUUUGAAUGCUCACUAUGUGUGUAAAUGAUUUAACUUUUCUUUCCUUUCAGGACUUGGUGUCUGUGUAUGAGUCCUUAAAGUUGGCGUACAAAUUGUAAUCAUAAAAGAGAAAUCUGGUUUUUGCUUAUCGUGCAGUGAAACCUAAAAAAAAAAACCUUCACAGACUGCUGUGUUAUCUCUACAGACUCCAGAACCAUGGUGAAGCUGCAGAACAUUUUCCACGAGUAUGAGCGCUCCAUCCAGAAGGCAAGGAGUCGACACGGAUACCUGACUGACAAAGUGAGCCAGCUGGAAAUGGAGAAGUCGGAGCUGAAGACCGUUCUGGAGGAAGUUAAAGACGUGAAGUCUGCUCUGGAGCGCAACCAGUUGGAACUGCAGACCGAGGUCACCAACGUCAAGUGAGAAUGAUUUCAACAGAAGAAAAACUCGAUUCACAGUGACUUUUUAACCCAAACUUUGGGCAUGAUAUUUUCUAUCAGCCCCUCUUCUAUGGAUUAACUUGUAUCCUAUUUUAAUUCACUGAGACAUUUUUCUGACAUGCUUUAGAUUUCAGCUGAAACAGGAGCAGGAAAAUCGCCGUAAUGCCAACAUGAUGUACAGCACCACCAAAGAUAAGCUGAGAAGGACGGAGGAGCAGCAUCAAUUAGAGGUCCAGGAGCGACAGAAGGUGGAGCUCACCCUCAGAAACCUGGAGCUGGAGAUGAGAACACUAGUGAACAACAUGAAACAGGUUUUAACUUUAACGAUGGUCUUUACAGCCAAUGUAACACUAAGUUUUUAUACUCCGUACAAACUCAUAUAUACAGUUUUGUUUGGAAUGAAUGUUGAUGUGAUGAGAUACUCCUGGGUAUUUUAUUGACCACUUUCUUGUCCACUUGUUGAUAUUUAUAUGCAUAUGGUGGUUAUAAAAGUGUUUUAAUGUAUAAAUAUCUUUAACCCAGCUUGAAGAGGACCACAGUGAGACCCAGAGGCUGCUGGCUCAGGAGCGCAGUGCUCGGACGCUGCAAGAGAAUCUGCUCAACAGUCAUCUACGAAAGCAGCAAGAGAUUGAGGAUGAAAACAAAAGAAACAUAAGCAAAAGCAGUGAGGUAAUUCACACUUUCAAUAGCUUAUCAAUUUGGUUUCUAACAGUUUUUAAACUGGUUUCACCCUCUGCUUACGCUUGACAUUGAUCGAAAAUGUUCAGCAGCGUUCAAGAUAUUAACUUUUUCCUGACUGGUUUUUAUAGGCCCUUUCCCAGCUCACAGAGGCCAGUGACAGGGAGAAGGAGUUGCUGCAGCAAUCAGCCACCUUACAAGAGCAGCUGACCAUCCUGAGAACAGACCUGGAGCAUUCACAGGCCAACAGCAGUCUCAAAGAGAGCCACCUUAUGGAGGAGAACGAGACCCUCAAGGAACAGCUGGAGGACACUCGCCGAGAUCUCAAACUGAACGGCGAAGCUCUGACCCAAACUGUCUUCAACUGCAAUAACCAGGUGACCACCCUGAAGUCUGAGCUAGCUAUGACUGUCAACCGCUUGGAGAAUGAGCGGCAGACAAGCGAAACAUUAGAGACAGAGGUCGAGUCUGUUCGUACCCGCCUGGCUGGAGCUGUGAGGGAGACAGAGCGCUGCCUGGCAGCUCACACAGACACAGAGAGAGCUCUGCUCCGGGAGAAAGAGGAACACCAGCGUGUGAAAGACAAACUCACAGGUGAGUGAUAAUCAUGUUUUGACAGCUCUGAGCUCAUUAUUUAACAAUUUGUGAAACGCCUGUGCCCAAGUGAAGUGUAUCUGUAUUAAUUUGGUCUUAGAGUUCGUAUGUUAAACGUGUGUUAAUGUCUGUAAUCUUUUGCAUUUUUAUUUCUUUAGGUGACAUAGCCAGUCAGCGUGAAGCAGUGAGCAGCCUGUCCCAAAAGCUGGCCAAGGCAGAGGCUCGUGGAAACAGCAUGGAGAACGAAGUGCACCGAGUCACCCUGCAGCUGACCGAGAAAGGCCUGCUGCUGGAUGUCCUACAGCGAGAGAAGGACCAAGCGGCUGCACGUAUCAAAGAGCUGGAAACGACACUGCAGGCUGAGAGGGAGCUGGUCAGCCGCGCCGGAGCGCGCCAAGAGGCUACGCAGGAGCGGCUAGCUCAGGCCCAGAGUGAGGGAAUGUUGUUGCGGCAACAACUCGAAGAAUCCCAAAACAAAGGUGUAGCAAAGGAGCGUGCUGUUACAGAUGCCCAGGAGCGCUUCAGUGAUAUUCUGUCCAAGCUUCGCUCCGACUGUGAGGAGAGAGUACAGCUAGUGGAAGAGAGAAAUAAGGAGCUUGCCAGUAAGGCCGCUGAUCUUCGAGAUCAGAUUUACAAGUUAGAGGAAGAGAAGAAUGAAAGAGAGGUAAGAUCAGGAUUGUUUAGGGAAGAAGAUUAGACUCAUUUCUCUCUCAGUUUUACUCUUCCUUUGAAUUUUCUUUAAUUUGUAACCAAAUUAUAUGUCCUGCCGAUUGUUUCUGUGCACAGGCUAAUCUAAGGCAGCUGCAGCAGGAGCUCGCCGACUCACUCAAAAAGCUGUCAAUGAGUGAAGCUUCUCUGGAGGUCAACACACGUUACCGCAGCGACUUGGAGGAGGAGAAGGCUCGACUCCUCAAAGACCUGGACAGGUUGAAAGGAAAGGUAAUGGCAGAGAACAGCGCCACCCUGUGGGGAUACAUCCUCAUCACAUCCCUAAAAGGCUGUGUACACGAUUAUGAAGUCAACCUAUUUAACUCUAAUGAAAUCAGAUUGCUCAUUAGCAUGUUAAUGUUUACAGAGCAUUAAGUUUAAGUUUAAAGCAACAAUAACAGUCUCUGCAUUUAUUCUGUUAAGCUCAUUGGUAACAUCACUGAUGAGGUGUUUGGUUCUCUUAUAGUUGGAAGAAAGCGAAGACCAGUAUGUUCAGGCUGAGAGACGCAUUAACAGUUUAAAGAGCACUCUGGAUGAAAAGGAAAAGGAACUCACCACCGCUGCUCAGAAACUGCGGGAGGCGCUGUCUACCUCAGCAGCUUCUGAUUCCAUCAUCAAACAGCUGGAGGAAGCUGUGCAAAGGUGUUAACGUGCCGUUCACACAAACCACUGGAUUAAAAGACAUUUUCAUUUUAUUUUAUCUGAACUUAAAAAAUGUGUGUUAUUAACUACACUGUGAAGACAAUGCAGUGUUAAAUAAAGUUGAAAAUGAGUCCAUACCCCUUCUUCUGAAUGUAACCUAUUGUAUCUUCUCUAACACCUGGGUAUGUGUCACAUUAGGAUGGAGAUUGAGAACGCCAGACUAGAAGCUGCUGCAAAGCAACAGUCCAACAAGAUUGAUGCGCUUCAAAAAGGGGCUCAGGAAGGUGCCGCGGUGAGUCCUGCAUCAAUAUUACAACCGGAAGUUCAAUAUUUUUAUUAACAGAGACAUCUUUGGUGAAGUUUUUUGUCCCUAUUUUGAAGAAAAGCAAAUUAAAAUGUGUGAAAAAAAUUGCAGCUGUUUUAAGGAAUGUGAUCUUUUUGCAGCUACCUGACUGCUCACCUGAAGGAGGGGUUGGUAUUCUUAAUGUAGAUUUAGUUUUCCUGUGUGGGUUUACAUCUGUUCUCUCAAGAACAUUAUAAGUUUACUGAAAUCAUGCUUUGUAAGGAUUCAUAGAUCAGAAUGCACUGUAGCUUUGUGUGGUAUUCAGACACACCGGUGAAGCAAGGAUUCAAAAAUCCAGAGGGAGUAACGGUUCUGAGUCUAUUUGAGGGGUUUCUUAUCUUUCGGUAUGCGGGAUCUAUUCUUUGAUCUGAAGCUGCAUGAUGCAUGUUUCUUCUCUUUAGUUUUAAGCUCUCUUUUAAUUUGAUUGACAGUUAAACAAAAUACGACUCGACAGCAACAUGAUCAAACACCUUCUGAAAUUUAUCUCUACAUUUUUAUUUCAUUUCUGUAGGUCAGGAGUCAUUUGGAAGACUUGGUUUCAAACCUCCAAAGCAGUAAGAUGACUUUGGAAGACCAACUUAAUAGAGAGGUUGGUGGCAUGCUUUGUCUGCUUUUACAGAAAAUUUCAGUUUAGAUUUCCUCUUCUUAAUCUGUUCUUAUUUUCUAGACUUUUGUUUUUUUUGCCAAAUAAACCAAAACAGAGAGUUCUUCAAUUUCUACUCAGCCAACCAACAUCAAAUUCUCCCUAGACUUUGUCACACCCACACACUGAGUAAAUCAAAUUAAGAUACAACUCAAAUAGUGGAUGCUAUAAAUAAAUAAAAACAAGCAGAAAGAAAAAAAAAAAUCUCAGCACACUAGGAAGCUCCUGUUGAAGAGUCACUUUUGCAGAAAAUCACAUUUCCAGCCCACAUGCCCCUCAUCAGACUUGCAAAAAUAAUAGACAUAUCACAAGUAUAUCUCAAUAAAUUAGAGCAUCAUGUAAAAUAUUCUUUUUUUUUUUUUCAUUACGCAGUUCAAAAAGGUUGACUCACAGAUACUCUCACAUUUGUGGCAUGCAAAAUGUCAUGUUUCAGGUCUGUUGUUUUAAUGUUGAUGAUUUUGGCCUACAGUUCAUGAACAUUACAAAUCCAGUGUCACACUUUAAGGGUUCAAACCAUAGACUGUAAAUAGAAUGGACGCCUUCUGCCUCCUCGCUGGGUGAAGCCACCGUGAGAACAGCGCCCUCUGGUGACAGGCUGCAGUAUAGGUCAUAAACCCCGCCUCCUACAGCAAUCUCUAUGAAGCUGUGGACCAUCUAUAGACAUUAAUUACACAGAAUAUAAAUUUUUCUCCCCCCUGGUUUUGACGUUGACAUGUAGUUAUUGUAAGAUUGGUUUGUGCUCAAGUCCUCUUUUUUCUGUACAGCUCCAUUUUUAAAAGUUAUUAGGGGGUUCAUGUUUUCUAUGAUUGACACCUGAUACAGCCUAUUGGCGUAUGAAGAUUGCGUAGCUCACCCAGGGGAUACGCUGUUUGAGCCGAGUGUCAUCACGGCGACUCUCCCGCCGAAUGCGUACAACGCUAAGAAGUGGAGAAAAUCCUGUAAAUACCGAGAGCAAUUCAGCUUCAAAUUCAUAUAUUGACAGAAGGCGGAGCAAAGUUGUCUAUAGUACAUACAGUUGAUGGUUCAAACAGUGUUUCCCACAGGUGGGGAAUCUGUCUGUGGUGGUAUGUGAUUUGAGGACAGUGGGGGAUUGAGUGACAUACCGAGUCUAAGGUAGCACGUCUUUUUGAAAGUGUGGUGGUUUUUAUUUAGCUGUGGUGUUGCGUCACAAUCAAUUACAUGUAGAACUUUAGAAAACACCUUUAUAACAAAUUAACAAUCAAAAAACAGUUUUGGGAAAAGUUUACAGAUCCUCUAAAACCUGUCAACUUUCCCUCAUUACCGUCCUCCCCUGUGUCUUUCUCUCAGGUCCAGAAACAGAGUAUAUUGUCUCACACAGCCCAGGACUCUCAGGCCUUGUGGGAGGAAGAACUGAAGAGUCGCUCUAAGCUCGGACUGCGUCUGGCAGAGCUGGAAAAAGAAAAAGGCGAACUCAGCACUCAGGUGAUUGUAAUGAGUCGUUCAUGUGUAGUAGGCCAGUGAGUGUCUGCCAUGAUUUGAGCUGCAGGAAUACAGGGAAGGGUCUGGAGAUAAUUGUGUCUGUGUUCCAGAUGGAAAUAGAGAAGAAGAAAGCCAAAAAAGUUGUGGAGCAGAAGAAGGCUGUUGACACACGGCUGGAUCAGGAGAUGAAGAGAAACACAGAGCUUCAAAAAGAAAUGUACAGGUGACUUCUGACCUCCUCCUCCUUGCGCACUCUCCACCAAGGGCAGAACCUCCUCCUUCUGUUUAGACACCACAAGGACCCAGUAGAGUGCAGUCUUUCCUGGCUUCUGUGGCAGUGGUGCUCCUGUGUGUGGAUAAGUGUCUUGUGUUAAUACAGUUCUCUGUCCUUGUGUUUUAAUAAGUGGUUUUGUUGCUGAUUUGUGCUUCAGUAAAUCUUGUUCUGUGUGUUUUGUUCUAUGGCAUACUUUUUUCUAAUGAGGUUUUACAUUUUGACUACUGUCUGAGGGAUUUUUGUUUUUUUGUGUGUGUAUUAUCUUUUCCUGUAAUUUUGUCCAUCUGUGUUUUAAGGUUGCGUACUUUAUUGAAGACUGCAAAGAAGAGAUUGCAUGAUCAGGACGCAAGUGGAGCAGGAUUUGGCUCUCCAAUGAGCAGUCUGCGAUUGGACCAAGGCAGACACCACCAAACCGAGGGUUCCUUUGGACGGAUGCAGGAGAAGGUUUGUAAUCACUGCAGCUAGAUUGGAGUUUAUAACUUGUAGUCACUUUUGUUUUACGGUACAUCAGCUGUUAAACCUCAGGGCUCAACAGUGCGACUGUUUCACUCGCAGUUGCGACUAAAAAUAGAUGUGUGCAAAUUGUAAAAUGUAUUUAGGCGCACGUGUGCAUAAAUUAAAUCGGCCAAGGCAACAAAUGUUUUUUCAUGUAAAUACCGCAGUAAAGCUGGUUUUAGGUUGGAUGUUCAACGGACAUUCAAUGCGGAUCUACCAGUGUCUUCUCGCUCUCUAUAACCGGGAAUAGCAACAGCAGUGCGGUUAAAUCUACUCAGCACCCUCGCUGUCAACGUCAGGUGUUGAAUAAGGGACCAUCAAUAAAUAACGGAUUGAUGUUCUCAAAAAAAUGUUGUUUUCGUUCAAUAACUUCCAUGUCAUGUGACCAAUUGACCUAAAAUUGAUUUCAAAUAAUAAUACUUAUGUCGACCAAUCAGACACACCUCUUUAUGUCCCUAAUUUGUCCUCUAAAAAAAAUUGUGUUAAAUUUAAAUGCAAAUUUUGAACAUUUUCUUCAAUAGCUUCCAUGUCAUGUGACUAAAAGACCUAAACUUGAUUUCAAAUCAUAGUUCUUAUGGCGACCAAUAAGACACACAUUAUUUUAUCAAAUUCCAUUGUGCCCCUAAAGUUCCUUCUGUGCUCCUUACUUUUUCAACUAAGGAGCACAUGUGCUCCUUGUGAAAAAAGUUAGUGUCAAGCCCUGAACCUUACCCUCAUAUCUUGACCCCAUCUUCUUUUUGUUACCAGAUGGAUGAUCUGCAGAUGAAGCUGGAGAAGGAAACAUCCCGUCGCAGUCAGCUCGAGAGGUUGAACGGGGAGCUGAAGGAGCAGCUUUCCUCUAUGAAAAGUUCAAGCCACAGUAAUGACCAGCAGGAAAGAAGUAAGAGGCAGUUGGAGGAGGAGAUAUUAGACCUGAGACGCCGAAUGGAAACUGCUCAGAUGGAGCAGAGCCAGGUGGAGCAGUACCGCCGUGACACAGAGGAAAGAGCUCGUCAGGAAAUCCAGCAAAAACUGGAGCAGGUCAACCUUUUCCUGCAGGUACAAGUUCUGUUGAGUCAAAGUGUCACAUUUCAAACCAUCAGAAAAUACUUUUUAAUUAGAAGUCAUCUGUUUGUGUUCCAGUCUCAAGCAGCAUCACAAGAGGCAUUGGAUCAGUUUAAAGCGGCCAACGAGGCCAACCUACGCUCCCAACUGGAGCAGAAGAUCCGAGAGUUAGAGGUGGAACUGGGCCGGGCCCGCACUACCCACCAUGACAGCAUCAACCAAAGAGACUCCACGCGCACAGAGCUAGAGCGGUACAAGCAGCUCUACAGGGAGGAGCUGCGCCUUCGCAAGUCUCUGGCUGCCAAACUGGAAAGGUGAGGCUAGCUUUCACGUCGUAUGUUGGCAAAGCUGACAGCAGCCAACACCGCCUGGCCCGGCAUUAUGGUGUAACCAGAAGUACACAGCACUGAUGAAGACAAACCUUUGCUUUGUUUCGACAGGGCCAACAGUCGUCUGUCAGAAGCCAAUUCAAAGUUGCUAAGUGAGCGCAGCAGGUCUCUGAUCAGCAGCGGAAUUGCAAAUGGUAGCCUCACAGGGCCGUCGCUGGACGUCAGCGCUCUGGGCUCAUCUGCUCACUACGGGUCCCCCCUCAAUAGGAACCUUGGCCUAGGACUUUCCUUCCUCAACCCUGUUACUGAGGGACAGAACAGCAGUGUGGAGGACUACUUAGCCAGGGUCUGUACUCUCACUAACUGACACACGUGUUCAUUGAGAAGUUGAUUUAUAGUGGGCUGUUUUCAUUUCCAUUGUGCCAUGGUGGUUAGUGUUAUUGUGUGAAAAGUGUUAUUGUGUUCAGGGUCGUCAUUUGUUUUACACAGGUUAGAGUUUUUUUGUCCAACUGUCCCAGAGCAAUGAGGGAAUGAACCCUAUUUGAAAAUCUCUCUUCUUCUUCUUGUUUCCAUAUUGUUUCUCCUCGCUCCAUCGGAGGCCUCAUCAGUAGGACUUUCCCUCUAACCUGUCUUCUAUUUUUCACUCUUGUAGCUUCUAGCUCAAAAGUCUGUCUCUCAUCUGUCCUCUCUCCAGCCAGACUCAUAACCAGGUGUGUAGAAGUGUUUGGCUUUCUGUCUGACUGGUUUCUGUUUCUUUCACCCUGCUGAUACUUGACGGCUCUGUUCACAUGCAAAACCAUGAUGUUCAGGGUCAGCACAGUGAAGAAACAGACUGCAGAUGUUGUAGGGUAUCAAUAUUUUUAGGGAAACCAGCGGAGAAAAUGUCUUUACAUACUCAUAUACUCAUAUGUUAAAAAUCUAACCAUGUUGCCGGGCUCUUUAGCUUGGAGCAUUGUUUGUACAAACUAUCUGCAUCACUUGCAAUGAGUUUGUCAUCUUUUGAUCAUCCUAGUUGGAAACGCUGGUGUAUAAGGGAUGUCAAAAAGUCUUUACAUUCAAAGGUGGUUAGGGGACAGUUAAGGAGAGUGACAAUUAAGAUUUAACUCAGGAAAUAGAAGCUGUGAACGUAGCAUUAGCAAAUCAAAGAAAUUCAAAAGGAGAAUGUGAACUUUUUGCUGCGUUCCAGUUACCUCGGAAGUCGGCGCUGGGAAUGACGUUGCAUCCGAGUUGACGCCGAUACAGUUAAACAAGUCGGAAAACCAAGAUGAACGCCUACUGUUAGCCGUUGUUAGCUGUUGUUUUUGUCAGCUGUCGUUGGCCGUUGUCAGCUGAUGUUUGCUGUACUUGUAAACAACGCAUAUCACUGUAUUUUACUCUUACAAACACCAUAGCACCGUGUUCACAGUUUGAAGUUGGGCAGUACAACAUAUACCACUUACUGAAUUUCACAAAAACAAAACAGAAGUGCUACUAAAUUUUACAUUACGAGAGCUUUUACUGUUACUCUUUACUGUUGAUGCACUGUGCUGCCAUAUUAGAUUGUGACGUUGUCGUCAAGUUGGGGGUUGGCGAGGAUCGUCAAACUUCAGGGGGGCGUUUCCGAUGAAUUUCCAAGUCUGAGUUCGGAAAUUCCGACUUCUGAGUAAAACUAGAACGCAGCAUUUUAAUAAGCUUAUUCAUGUUCAUUGUCUCUGAUGAGUCUUAUGGUAAGUUGUUGCUCUUGAUACCUACCGUCCAGCCUUUAUUUGUAAGUAUCUAUAAACUUUUCUCAGUGUAGAUAAGGGAGACAGGCAGAGCUUGCAUGUUUUGGCAUGUCCUGCUGUGUUUCACAUACUACCUCUGUUUCCUUUAAAGUUUGGGUUUUAAGUGUGUGUUGCCAUUUGCUUAUAUUUGUUUUGCGGUGAAUACAUUAUAUCAUGUAUUCAAUCUCUUUUUAAAGUAAGGGUAGGCAACUUUUUAAAGCUUAUUUAAAAAGAACGGCCUUGAAUUUCACCCCAGCAACAUUCACAACAAAUGAAAUGAAUGGAUAGCUCUUCUGUUUGCCAGUUAUUGCUGAGCUGUUUCUACAAGCUGAAGCUAGCAGGCACACUUCCUCUCCUCAUCGUUCUUCUCACAGUCUUAUCUUUCACCAUUGAGGCAGCGCAGGUUAUAAUGUUUGCAGAGCGUCUUCGUCUUCUCGUCACUUACUUUUAAAAUUAAGCUUCCUUUGUCUACUUCAAAGUUGUCUUCCCAUCGUUUGUGUUUAUUAUUAAUAAGGCCAUGCUUUUUUAAAGUUUAUGCUAUUUGAUUUCAAUCUCAUCAGAACUCAAAUGUAACCCCAGCUUUCCUUUUUUUCUUUGUAGAUGCAGAGUGAGUUGGAUAGAAAUAUAACAAGAGAAUUAAACAAUGGUGAGUGCACUCUUGCUCGGGAUAUUUGAAAACGUCUCACUUACUCCUCUGAUCUUAAAAAGAAGGUAGCCAUUCCAGCAUGUGUUCCUUGCUGAUAGUAACUGUGGGCUCUCUCUCCCUCUCUCUUUCUUUCUCUCUCUCUCUCUCUCUCUCUGUGUUAAUCAGCCACAGCAGAGUUGGAUGUCUCUUUAGCAGGGAUGCCCACAGCAGCCUCUGCCCCCAGGACACAGCUGGACCCCGUCAGCGCGGCUACGCAGGAGUACUUGGAGGUCCUGAAGAAGAACUAUAUGAUCUGAAGGGUAUUUGAGAGACGAGUAUUAUUUUAAGCCAUAGGAAAAUUUGAUAAAUUCACAAAUAGGAAUGAGUUAAACACCACUGUCCUUCUGUAUAAAAAAGCAAACACAAUGCACAUUGCACUUAACCACUCAGGAGCAAAGGACAUCAGUCAUAUGUGUGUUACGUUAUUGAUUGAAACAAUCAUAGAAAACCUUGAAAGUAUUUGUCCUAGAUUUUGUCCAGUCAGUUACUGUUUGUCCUCAUAAUACAAAUAUAUAUAUAGAGAGACAGAGAUUUGUGAUUUGGAUUUGUGAAUAUUGGUGUUGCUCUUUGCAUUUAAAAGUAUUUAAUGUCUGCAUCAUUAAUAAUGUUGCCAAGAUUUGACAUUUGGUACGUGCCAUCAAAUGGUGCAAUAUUUGUCUUGGUGUUACCAUAUCAGAUUAGCGUGUUUGUUGAUAUUCAUUUUAUUUAUUCACUUUUUUAUUGAACAUGAUAUACUUGAAAAGACGAGCUGGAAUUCUCUCUGGCUAGAGACACAGGGUGACUACAUGUUGUACAACUGUCUUAUCAGCAUUUGGUUGGCUUAUUUUUAGAGCCGCCUUAUGUCUGUAACACUUUUUUUUUCCCCAUUAUCCACUUAUUCUAUAUAGAAUAUAUAAAGAAAGUUCUUAUGACGCCUGUACAUUACAGAAGACACUAAAGUUGUAAAUAAAACUGAAAAAACCCUGAACCUUACAUCAACUUAUGAAACUCUUAGUGAACUCAUUUGUGCUUCUGACUCUUCUUAAGUUUGUGUACAUGAAAAUGAAAACACGCGCCAUCCAGUCAAAACCUACAGUGACCCUGAGGUGCAAAACACAACGGCAAAUCAAAAAAACACAACACAAAAAGAGAAAACAACACAAACAGAGAAAACACUAGAAGAGAAAACACCAUGGCAAAUCAGAAAACACAACGCAAAAGAGAAAAAAGAAAACAAAACGGGAAAAAAAGAAAACACAACACAAAAAGAGAAAACAACGGUAAAUCAGAAAAUAUAACACAAAAAGAGAAAACACAACGGCAAAUCAGAAAACACAACGCAAAAAGAGAAAAUACAACACAAAAAGAGAAAACGCGACACAAAAAGAGAAAACACAACACAAAAAGAGAAAAUGCAACACAAAAAGAGAAAACUAAUAGAGAAAACACAAUGGCAAAUCAGAAAACAUAACACAAAAAGAGAAAACACAAAAAGACAAUACAACAGUAAAUCAGAAAACAGCAGAAAAAGAUGAAACACAAAAAAAACCAAAUGGCAAAUCACAAAAUACAACACAAUAAGAGAAAACACAAAAAGAGAAAACAACACAGUAAGAGAAACCACAACACAAAAAGAGAAAACACAAUGGCAAAUCAAAAAACACAACAAUAUAAACAUUGUGUUUUCCCUUUUUUGUGUUGUGUUUUCUUUUUCACCGUUUUGUUUCGCACCUCAGGACCACUGUAAAAAAAAAAAACAGUUUAAACAUUAUUUUCAUGACUCCAACACAUUUGAAAUACUACAAAAACUUCAGUUUGUAAAAAUGUAGGGAUCAUGUCACUGUGGCGAUAAACCAUAUUGUGAAUAUAAGUAUAAAGGAGCAUUUUCAACAGAAGAAAUCAUUUUUGAAUCAGUGAAACCACAUCUCACUUGAUUGAAAUCAUUGUUAUAUCGAAUAAUCAACUGCGUCAACGGUGGCAUUUUAGUGUCCAUGUAAUUCAACUAUCUGACUCUCUACUCACUCAGGUGGUCAUGUAAAAACUAUCAGACAGUAAAGCUUUCUAGCUAACUUUGCAACAACCUGUCUCGUUUUGUAGCUUUUAGUUUGUAGUUGCUGAUCAGACUAGAGAAAAAUACAAAGCUGAAACAAAUAAACCAAUAUUUUCCUUUUCUGUUUACUAUAACAUCUCGAUUAAGUCUGUUCAGUGCAGUUUGUAAUGGAUGCCAAGUAUAUACAUAAAUACAAAUGGAUGAUUCUAACAAUUUCCUGAAAAAUAUAUGUUUAAUAACAGCCUUUCUUUUUCCUUAAUAAACCCGUAAUUUAAUUAAUUGAAUGCAGAUUUCACAUGACAUUACAGGUAAGGUAUAUCAGGAUAAAAAUGUGGCUUGGGAUCAAUAUUUCAUGCAUGCCUUUUAUAACCCACCCCUCAUUAGCUAUGUUUUGAAGUACUUCACUUUACAGCCUCCCCUCCUCUCACACUCCCAAACACAUGAAACUUGAUGGUGCGUGCUGAUUUAGAAACCAUUCCCCUCACUUAUUAAAAUGAGACAAUGUGUUUAUGAUUGCCCCCCUCUGCUGUGUCUCUCUUCCCUUUGAUCCAUCCUCUUUGCGUCAGCCUCAAAUGGAAGAUAUUCAAAUCUGGUUACAUUUAUUUUUGUUUCCUCCACAGCAGAUAGGCACAUCUGACAGACUGACGAUUAGGUGUUAUUAUUUCCCUUUUUUUUUUUUUUUUUCAAUAGACGCCACUUCAUACACUACACGCAAACCUUGUUUUGAUUGAGGAGGUUACAACCGUUGUCGUAAAGCUUUAGAGGCAGGCGAGAACACAAAUAGACAGAUUGUGAAUAAAAAGUGUUGAAAGAGUUGUUUUUGAAAAGCAACUAAUGUUUAAAACAAACCACUCCCCACUGGGUCACCCUCCUUCAGUGAUGCCCAGUCUUUUCAUCUCAGACAGCCAGUCCAACAACUGUUCAUAAAAAAAAGAAAAAAGGUUUCAGUUUUCAACCUUGAGCCUAGUCGCAUGAUGAGGUUGUCAUACAAAGAGUGUAUUAUAUUCAUAAAUCUUUAUCAUACAAAUAUGCCAAAGCUUCUCUGAAACUCUGGCUGAACAGUGGAAAAAGAAAGUCAAACAUUAGACGUUAAACAUCUUAGAAGCAGUAUCAAUCAGAAAAAAAACUUAUCAGAAUCCAGAUCUUUCAAUUCUGAAUAUUUUUGUAAUUCUGUUUUCCAGGAUUUAGUAGAAACCACUUCAAUAAUUUUGUACUAACAUCGUUUUAUUCAACUUCUUCAAUCUGACAAUAUGGAAAUACAGUCGUUGCAAGCAUCUGACCGCUAUAUACUGGUGGGUAAUUUUGUUUGUACCAGUGUUGCUGGAUGGGAUAUAAAGAAUUAUCGUACCAGAGACUCAAAAUUAUCGUGUCAUAAUCAAAAUAACAAUCUUACUGUUGCAAGAUAGUCACAUAUAGUCACUCUGUUAGCGUCCUAUAGGUACUCACGAUUUUGUGGCUACAGUUUUGUGGUCAUUCACCGCCCUGCCCAACAUCUCUUCGGCUCCCAUUCAUCACCGUCCUCAUUAACGAUGCGUUUAAAGAUGCCUCUAAGGUGGGGCUGCUGCUGGCAGAGGUUCGAAAAACUGAAAAUUAAUGUGUCUGGCAGACUGAGACAGUCCUCUUGCGCCACACGUUCACGAAACUCAAAUUAUCGUACAUUUAGCCUUUUUUCUGGGUUAUUGAUCGUACAUCGUACAGAGGGCAAAAUUAUCAUACAAAUACAAUAAAUAUCGUACACCUGGCAACCCUGGUUUGUACACACAAUGACACAUUUUAUUCAGCAAUGAAGUUGGUGAUCAAACUCUGCUGUCUGGAGAGCACUAUGUUGAUUCCACAAGAUUGCACAGAUUGGAAAUUUAGAUUUUUAGCAUGUUUAAAAAAAAAAAAGCCCUGUAUGCCAAUAAUUUAAAUUGUUGUUGUUUUUACCAUUUUACCAUGAAAAAUGAUGGGACUUUCACCUUGGUGUCGUCAUUAUCAUCAAAAUUGUAUUGGUGAAUUCAAAUACAAGAAUCUAUCCAAAAGCAUGUUGUUGCUGUGCAGCUGCCACAUACGUAUGUCAGUUCUGGAUCCCCUCUGACUGUGCCGGCUGUUCAUUGCAGAGGUAUAGACACCAGCUGUGGGUAAAGGCUAGAACAAAUUGACGGGGACAAGUGGAACAAACCUGAGUGUUUAUUUGUUGCUGUAUACUCGCCACGCUCCAAAUUAGACGUCAGCGCUAUUUCUUGUCACUAGCAGAAUCCAAAUGUGUUAUGGGCAAAGGAGACACUUGAAUUAGAUCGACUCACUCUAGUGUGAUUUAAAUGAGUCUCUCGGCUGGCCCGCGCAGAUUGACAGCGUUGUCUUUAUCGCCGCUUUGUUUUAUUUUUGGCUGUUUACUCUGCCUCUCUGCUGUCAUCUCAUAUGACGACUCUAAUCUAAAGGAGGCCCGCUUCGAUCUUCCAAGAUGUGGAGACAAUAAGCAUCCUUUUUAUGUUCUAAGUGCUUUAUAUGACAAAUAUGAAAAGGGAACGAAGAAAGGGCUGACAAGUUUUCUGUCGCCCUGUUCUUCAGCUGCGCGGGAAGAAGUCAAACCUGCAAUCUUACAACAUGAGAACCCAUACAAAACUGAGCAAAGUAGACCCUUCUCUUUCAGGGUCUUGUUAGGUCAAAGUCAUUAAAGGAGCAUUAUGUACAAACAAAAGACAUUUAUGUUGAAUUAAACUAAAAAAGUACUGCAGCACCUAUGAAAUGAAUGGCCUGACCAUUUUCUUAUUAUUUUUAAAAAGAUGGGGUGUUGGUGUCCUGGUCUAUGUUGCAGAUUAUUAGAGACCCACUCCAAUGAAAAUCAUGCUUUUGUUUUUGUUGUUGUUGUUGUCUACAUGUUCAUAUGGCAUUUUUCUGAUGCUAGAGGAUCUAUCAUGAGAAAACUAAGAGCAAAAUUGGAGCUCUGAGUAUUUUUGCUUUCAAAUCCCUGUGAACCUCUGACAGACCCAAACGGCAGGUUCAACUCAUAGACUGUAUAUACUAUGGACAACUUGGUUCCACCUCCCGCCAGUAUACGGAUUUGAAGCCAAAAAACCUUUCAGUAUUUCCACGAUUUUUCUUCAUUUCCUGAAACCAGCAUUGCGCAGUAGCAUUGUGCGCAUUCGGCGGGAGAGUCACUGAGAGUCGCCAUGAUGAUGCUCGGCUCAAACAGUGUAUCCCCCCA